CGCACUUCGAUGGUGGUUCUCUCUCUGCCUUAAUUUCUACUUAAGAUCACUCCGACGCCAUGUCUGAACAUCCAAGAACACACCACACUCGCAAAAAAUGGCUGUCUACAACAUCCUCAUCCUCUUUCUACUACUAUUGCUCUUCUCUCUAUCGACUGCGCAGCCCAGCGCCGACGAGCAAAAACUACUCCUAGCAAUCAAGCAAGAUUGGGACAACCCAGCUCCACUCAGUUCAUGGAGCAGCACCGGCAACUGGACUGGUGUUAUCAGUAGCAGCACAGGUCAGGUCACUGGCCUCUCCUUGCCAAGUCUCCAUAUAGCCAGACCAAUCCCAGCCUCCGUUUGUAGCCUCAAGAAUCUGACCUACAUAGACCUCUCUUGCAACAAUCUCACCGGUGAUUUCCCCACGGUGCUCUACGGUUGCUCAGCUUUGGAGUUCCUUGACCUAUCCAACAAUCAAUUAUCCGGCAGACUUCCGGACCGCAUUGACAGGCUAUCGUUGGGGAUGCAACACCUCAACCUGUCCAGCAAUGCUUUCACCGGCGAUGUGCCGUCGGCUAUUGCAAGGUUCUCGAAGCUCAAGUCAUUGGUCCUUGACACUAAUAGAUUCAAUGGGAAUUACCCGGGUGCCGCCAUUGGAGGCCUUGUGGAGCUUGAGACGCUGACGUUGGCAUCCAACCCAUUCGAGCCGGGUCCAGUCCCAAAGGAGUUUGGCAAGCUGACAAAGCUGAAAAUGCUGUGGCUGUCAUGGAUGAACCUUACUGGGACCAUCCCUGAUGAUCUGUCGUCAUUGAUGGAGCUCACAUUGUUGGACUUGUCACAAAAUAAGAUGCAGGGACAAAUCCCCGAGUGGGUAUUGAAGCACCAGAAGCUCGAGAAUCUAUAUCUCUAUGCAAGCAAUUUGAGUGGCGAGAUUGGUCCUAACAUCACAGCUCUCAACCUGCAGGAGCUUGACCUGUCCAUGAACAAGUUCUCUGGAUCAAUACCAGAGGACAUUGCAAACUUGAAGAAGUUGAGAUUACUAUAUUUGUACUACAACAAUCUCACUGGACCCAUCCCGGCUGGUGUUGGUAUGAUGCCGGACCUCACCGACAUCCGUCUCUUCAAUAACAAGCUCUCUGGGCCCCUACCCGCGGAGCUUGGAAAACAUUCAGAAUUGGGGAAUUUUGAGGUGUCCAACAACAACCUCUCUGGUGAGCUACCGGAUACACUUUGCUUCAAUAAGAAGCUCUUUGACAUUGUGGUGUUCAACAAUAGCUUCUCCGGCGUGUUCCCGACGAACCUUGGGGAUUGCAAAACCAUCAACAACAUCAUGGCAUACAACAACCACUUUGUUGGGGACUUUCCCAAGAAGAUAUGGUCAUUCGAGUUGCUCACCAAUGUCAUGAUUUACAACAACAACUUCACCGGCACUCUACCCAGUGAGAUAUCAUUUAACAUCUCGAGGAUUGAGAUGGAGAACAAUCGCUUCUCCGGUGCCCUCCCGUCGACCGCCGUCGGUCUGAAGAGUUUCACGGCGGAGAACAACCAGUUCUCCGGUGAACUGCCAGCUGACAUGUCUAGGCUUGCCAACCUCACCGAGUUGAACCUCGCCGGCAACCAGUUAUCCGGCUCGAUUCCGCCGUCUAUCAAAUCAUUGACAAGUCUGACCUCCCUCAACCUUAGCAGAAACCAGAUUUCCGGUGAGAUCCCUGCCGCAGUCGGGUGGAUGGGCCUCUACAUUCUUGACCUCUCCGACAACGGGCUCACCGGCGACAUACCUCAAGAUUUCAGCAAUCUCCAUCUCAACUUUCUCAACCUUUCUUCUAACCAGCUCUCCGGCGAGGUCCCGGAGACGCUGCAAAACGGCGCCUACGAUCGUAGCUUCCUCGGCAACCAUGGCCUCUGUGCCACGGUGAACACGAACAUGAACCUUCCGGCUUGCCCCCACCAAAGCCACAACAAAUCGUCGACGAACCUGAUCAUCGUCUUCUCGGUGCUCACCGGCGUCGUGUUCAUCGGCGCCGUCGCCAUCUGGUUGCUGAUCAUCCGACACCAGAAGCGUCAGCAAGACCUCGCCGGGUGGAAGAUGACGCCGUUCCGUACCCUGCACUUCUCCGAAUGCGACGUGCUCGGCAAUCUCCACGAGGAGAACGUGAUCGGUAGCGGCGGCUCCGGCAAGGUGUACCGCAUCAACAUCGGCGGCAAGGGCAGCGACGGCAUGGUGGUGGCGGUGAAGCGGCUAUGGCGGACGGCGGCCAAGUCGGACGCGAAGAGCGACAAGGAGUUCGACGCCGAGGUGAGGAUCCUCGGGGAGGUAAGCCACAUCAACAUCAUCGACCUCCUCUGCUGCAUCUCCGGCGACGACACCAAGCUGCUCGUCUACGAGUACAUGGAGAACGGCAGCCUCGACCGGUGGCUGCACCGCCGCGACGACGGCGGCGCGCCGACGGCGCCGCUCCAGUGGCCGACGCGGCUCUGCAUCGCCAUCGACGCGGCGAGGGGGCUCAGCUACAUGCACCACGAGUGCGCGCAGCCGAUCAUGCACCGCGACGUCAAGUCCAGCAACAUCCUGCUCGACCCGGCCUUCCGCGCCAAGAUCGCCGACUUCGGCCUCGCCAGGAUCCUCGCCAAGUCCGGCGAGCCGAAUUCCAUCUCCGCCAUCGGUGGCACCUUCGGCUACAUGGCUCCAGAGUACGGGUGCAGAGCGAAGGUGAACGAGAAGGUGGACGUGUACGCGUUCGGCGUCGUGCUGCUGGAGCUGACGACGGGGCGGGUGGCGAACGACGGCGGCGCGGACUGGUGCCUGGCGGAGUGGGCGUGGCGGCGGUACAAGGCCGGCGGCGAGCUGCACGACGUCGUCGACGAGGCCAUCCAGGACAGGGCGGCGUUCCUGGAGGACGCCGUGGCGGUGUUCCUGCUCGGCAUGAUCUGCACCGGCGACGACCCGGCGUCGCGGCCGACGAUGAAGGAGGUGCUCGAGCAGCUGGUCCAGUACGACCGUACGUCCAGCGUGGCGGCCGCCUGCCGCGAUGACUCCGGCGGCGCACCGUCGUUAUCGAAGGGGAAGAAAGACGGGAAGGGGAAGAGCUCGUCGGCGGGAACGACGGCCGGGAAAAUGUGGGGCGCCGGCACCGGCGACGAGGAAAGCGGCAGUUUCGUGGCGCAUCCAGUUUAAGCUGACGUGGCAACUACACGAGUCGCUGUAAAUUAUGUAGUUGGAUGUAACGUUUUCUACUUCUACUGUACAGCGUAGUGAAAAAGGGGGUUAUGGGAGGAGGUUGAGGGGAAGGGGAAAAAGGAAGAUCAAUGAGUUUGGAGUCAUGGCCAUGAUUAGAGCUUAUGAUUAGGACACCGUGAUCGGUUGUGGACCUGGUGGUGGAGAGCCGCUGGAGAUGGAAUAGACGGCAAGACGGGGGUACUUGCCGCCGCUGCUUUAGGCUUUGUUCGGAUAAUCUCCAUAAGGGAGGAAUUAGAGGGGAUUUAUUUCACACCUAUUGUGGUGUGAAAUUAUUCUCCCUCAAUCUCUUUCAAUCCUCUUUAAUUCCCUCCAAACCAAAUAAGGCCUUAGGGAAGAGAAGGGGUAGGGCAAGGGGAACCAACACAAGUCGCUGCUGCCAUAGCGCAUCCGGUUUAAAACCGAUGUGACACCUCGCUGUAAAUUAUGUACUUCUACUGUAGAGUGUGCAGGGAACAAACGGGUUGUGUAAGGGUAAAAGUGUGUCCACCAUAUUUGUGUCCAAUUGCCGAAGGCAUAGAAGUAAAAAUAAAUUUUGUUUCAGAACGUGAUUGUUUUAA